GUGCCUCCUUUACUUCCCAAUCUUCGGAUUCGGGGCUUGAACAUCUUCCACUGUCUACACAGAGUGUUACAACGGUUAUUCCUCCUCUAGCAUACCUAAUCCACUACUUAUCAGAGUAUGUAAUAAGACAAAGGGUCUGAAGUGGAUCUAUACACCAUCAUGCCAUGGCGUUCCAGACAAUGAAAAACAAGUGAUGUGGUUAAGUCAUUGGAAGUUGGGGAGUGGAUUGGAAGGCGGCGAUGAAGUUACUGUUUCAGUGUUUACGAAACCUUUGUUUCUGGUGAAAGAAUGCGGCAUCCAGCUUGUGCAUGAGCAAGAAGACGAGAUGAGUACCCAACACAACACUAUAGUUCCUAGUUAUGCAUCUGCCAUUAGUCGGGAUUUGUCAGAAUUUAUUCCAGGAACAUACUACCUAGGGGGUGGACCUUUUCUCAGACUAACUAGAGAAGAUGUUUUGGGUUGGAAAAAAGAAGUUUGGUUCAAUGACAUCUCUGGAGACUCUGAUGAAGAAACAGACAAAGAAGAAAUACAGCAGGGUGACGAGCCUCUUGCGCUGGUAGCAGCAGCCGAAACAUUAGUAGAAGCAGAGAGGGCAAGCAGAGGCAACAAGAUUCUCCUUAUGACUGCAGUCUUCUUUCUCUUCCUUUCUCUAAUCUCUCUUCCUUCUCUCUCUUUCCUGUCAAAGUACUUUGCCUGAAUAGGCGAUCAAUCUUGGUGGGGGGUUUAUUUGUUUGUAUGUUUUUGUUAAUUAUCUGCUGAUAAAUUGGCUUAUAAGAGUUUAUCUGUCUUCAUCAUUCCCUUCUUGUCAUACAUUUCAAUGAACAACCCAACUCAGUUUUGAAAACCACCCAAUUUCAAGACAGAAAGCAGCUUGCAACAACCCCAUAUCUCAUGCAGGAAAAAAAUCAGACACAGAAGAACUUAUAAGUCCUUACAAGUUACAACCAGAAAAGAAAAAAAAAGAAAGCCCUUAGAACCAGGGAGUUCAGAAAUUGCUAGUCUCCCCUGUAAAGAGAUGAAGAUAUCUCUGAUGUUGUUAGCAAAAUAAACUCUGCAAACUUUGCUGCGUAGUGCUGUUACUUGUAUGACCACAAAUU